CCUCCACCCUCCACCCCAUCCCUGCAAUCAAACCCAAAAAAAACACAAAGAAAUUAAAAAAUAAUAAUAAAAAAAGAAAAAAAAGAAAAAAGAAAACAAGAAAUCAAGAGAAGAGAAUGAAGCUAGCUGUGAAUGUAAUAGAAGCAAGUGAUCUCAUGCCCAAAGACAAGCACGGCUCAUCAAGCCCCUUCGUCGAAGUAUACUUCGAUAACCAGCACCACCGCACUCAAACCAUCCCCAAAAACCUCAACCCAUCUUGGCAAGAGACCCUUCUCUUCAACAUCUCCGACCCUUCCAACCUCUCCAACCACUCCAUCGACGUCUCCGUCCACCACCACGGCCACCACCGCGACUACUUCUUAGGCCGUGUCCGCAUCUCCGCAAGCUCCAUCUCCCCCUCCCUCUCCUCCACCAACGCUCCUGUCCUCCGCUACCCACUCGAAAAGCGCGGCCUUUUCUCUCACAUCCGCGGCGACAUUGCUCUCCGUCUCUACGUUCUUGCAGCUGAUCAUGAAACUAAAUUUGAAGAAGGAGAUGGUGGAGCUCCAAAGGUGAAGGAACAGAGAGUUUUCUAUUCAGUUGGGAGAGAAGAGCAACGUCAACAUGGCAAUGGCAAGCAAGUAGAACAACAUGGAGUCACAGUGAUGCGAAUGCAAGCACCCAUGGCUCGGCCACAGGCCGAGUUCGGUCUCGUUGAGACACGACCACCACUCGCUGCUAGACUUGGGUACCACGGCCGGGAUAAGAUAGCAAGCACGUAUGAUCUUGUUGAACAGAUGCAUUACCUCUACGUGAAUGUAGUGAAGGCGCGUGAUCUCCCGGCCAUGGAUAUUACUGGGAGUCUUGACCCUUAUGUUGAAGUGAAGCUUGGAAACUAUAAAGGCAUUACUAAACAUAUUGAGAAGAACCAGAGUCCUGUGUGGCAUCAAGUGUUUGCUUUCUCUAAAGAGAGACUUCAAGCUGAUAAAGUUGAGGUUUUGGUUAAGGAUAAGGAUGUUGGGAAGGAUGACUUUGUUGGGAGAGUUGUGUUUGAUCUCAAUGAAGUUCCAAUGCGUGUGCCGCCGGAUAGUCCAUUGGCGCCACAGUGGUAUAGGUUGGAGGAUAGAGCUGGGGAUCAUAAGAGGAACAGAGGUGAGAUUAUGCUUGCUGUUUGGAUGGGUACUCAGGCUGAUGAAGCUUUCCCUGAUGCUUGGCACUCGGAUGCACACUCUAUUAGUUUGGAUGGCCUUGCGCACACGCGCUCCAAAGUGUACUUCUCGCCCAAGCUCUAUUACCUUCGUGUUUUAGCCAUUGAGGCUCAAGACUUGGUGCCUUUUGAUAAGGGUCGUGUUCCUGAUGUUUGUUUGAGAAUUCAGCUCGGUAACCAGCUUCGCCGCACUCGGCCGGCCUCGACCGGGCGCUCACUCAACCCGGCCUGGAACGAGGAGUUCUUGUUUGUUGUUGCCGAGCCGUUUGAUGAACCGAUUGUGUUCACGGUCGAAGACCAUGUUGGCCCGAACAAGGAUGAGCCACUCGGCCGCCUUGUUCUGCCUGUGCAUGCGGCUGCUCCGCGUACUGAUAAGCUCGUGGACACUAAAUGGUUCAAUCUUGUUAAAUCAUCAUCAGGUGAUGCUGAAAAAGAAACUAAAUUUUCCAGCAAGAUUCAUCUCCGGCUAUCUCUCGACAUCGGGUAUCAUGUGCUUGAUGAAUCAACACAUUACAGCAGUGAUCUUCAACCUUCUUCAAGGUUCUUGAGAAAACCCAGCAUUGGCAUGUUAGAGCUAGGCAUUCUCAGUGCCAAGAACCUCAUGCCAAUGAAAUCCAAAGAUGAGCUUCUCACUGAUGCAUAUUGUGUCGUUAAGUACGGCCCCAAAUGGGUUCGCACUCGCACAAUCCUCAACUCGCUUGCACCGCGCUGGAAUGAGCAGUACACUUGGGAAGUGUUCGACCCGUGCACGGUCAUCACCGUUGCGGUGUUCGACAAUUGCCAUGUUCAUGGUAGCAACAAUGCUAAGGAUCAAAGGAUUGGCAAAGUUAGAAUUCGUCUUUCCACCUUGGAAACUGACCGAAUUUACACACAUUACUAUCCCCUGCUCGUCCUCCAACCCUCUGGCCUUAAGAAGACUGGAGAACUUCACAUGGCCGUGCGCUUCACUUGCACUGCUUGGGUGAACAUGGUGACUCUCUAUUCGAAACCUUUGCUUCCUAAGAUGCAUUACCUCCAACCGAUACCGGUUCUUCAAGCAGACUAUCUCCGGCACAAUGCUAUGCAAAUUGUCGCGGCAAGACUAGCUAGAGCAGAGCCACCGUUGCAAAGAGAGUCUGUUGAGUACAUGCUUGAUGUUGAUUCUCAUAUGUGGAGUUUGAGGAGAAGCAAGGCAAAUUUCUAUAGGAUAACAUCUUUGCUCUCUGGUUUUGCGGCAAUUGGCAAGUGGUUUGAUGCCCUUCGGUAUUGGAAGAACCCCAUGACGACAAUUCUUGUUCAUAUAUUGUUCUUGAUACUUGUUUGCUAUCCGGAGCUGAUACUCCCAACCAUCUUUCUCUACUUAUUCAUGAUCGGCAUUUGGAAUUAUCGAUACAGGCCACGCCACCCGCCUCACAUGGACACAAAGCUCUCGCACGCUGAAUGGACAAACCUGGAUGAGCUAGACGAAGAGUUCGAUACAUUUCCGACCAGUAGAAAUCCCGAUAUAGUUCGAGCAAGGUAUGAUAGGUUGAGGAGUGUUGCCGGAAGGGUGCAGACAGUGGUGGGGGAUAUGGCUACACAGGGUGAGAGGGCACAAGCAUUGUUAAGUUGGCGAGAUCCAAGAGCAACAGGGAUAUUCAUAAUGGUUGCAUUGGCUUGUGCUUUGUUCCUCUAUGUGGCACCAUUUCAGAUUGUUGCAAUGCUUGCAGGGUUGUAUCUAUUGCGUCACCCCAAGUUUAGGACCAAAAUGCCUUCAGUGCCUUUCAAUUUCUACAGGAGAUUGCCAGCCAAGUCUGAUAUGCUUCUCUGAGCUAUAUGAAAUUACUACUUGUUUAUAGUCAAUCUGCAUUAUAAGUAUUCAAGUUUUGAUAGAUGAUGCAUGUGUAUUUGGGAAUAGUAUGGUGGGGUGUGUGGGUGUGUGAUUCUGGAGUUUUUGGAGAGUUGAUUGAGUAGAGUUUCUUCUGAGUCUAUUCCACUUGAUAAAUCCAUGAUAUGAAUGGAAUUGCAAACUAUAGAAAACCCUGAAUUUUCUGGAAAAACAGUGUCUUUGUAUUAUGCCAUGGAUUUGGUCAGUGGUGUGGAUUUUGCUAUACAAUAAGGGAUGAGGUAAGGGAAAGCUAUAA